CGGCUCUCCCUGCCGAGAGAUGGGCCGGCCCGGCGGCGGGCGGGCAGCGGCGGCGGCGGCGGCGGCCCAAGAUGGCGGAGCUGCAGCUGGACCCGGCGAUGGCCGGGCUGGGAGGGGGUGGCGGGAGCGGGCUGGGAGAUGGGGGUGGCCCGGGCCGCGGGCCCCCCAGCCCUCGCCCCGCUGGCUCCACACCCCGCGGACACGGCCGCCCGCCCACCGCCGCCGCGCAGCCACUGGAGCCGGGUCCCGGACCGCCCGAGCGGGCAGGGGGCGGCGGCGCGGCCCGCUGGGUCCGGCUGAACGUGGGCGGCACCUACUUCGUGACCACCAGGCAGACCCUAGGCCGGGAGCCCAAGUCCUUUCUCUGCCGCCUCUGCUGCCAGGAGGACCCGGAGCUGGACUCAGACAAGGACGAGACAGGGGCCUAUCUGAUUGACAGGGACCCUACCUACUUUGGUCCCAUCCUCAACUACCUCCGCCACGGGAAGCUCAUCAUUACGAAGGAAUUGGCAGAAGAAGGUGUGCUGGAGGAAGCGGAGUUUUAUAACAUUGCGUCGCUCGUGCGGCUGGUUAAGGAAAGGAUACGGGACAACGAGAACAGAACCUCACAGGGCCCCGUGAAGCACGUGUACAGAGUCCUGCAGUGCCAGGAGGAGGAGCUCACGCAGAUGGUGUCCACCAUGUCCGAUGGUUGGAAAUUCGAACAGCUCAUCAGCAUCGGAUCGUCCUAUAACUAUGGGAAUGAGGAUCAGGCAGAAUUCCUCUGCGUUGUCUCCAGAGAACUAAACAACUCGACCAAUGGCAUUGUCAUUGAACCCAGCGAGAAAGCAAAGAUUCUUCAGGAGAGAGGAUCUCGGAUGUAAAUUCCAGAACCUUCGACAACAAGAGAGCCACUGGCCGAGCACACCUGUAAAGUUCAGUCUUGCUCCUGUACAGUGACCGAGCUACCGCAGAGCAGAGCCGAGCCCGGCCCCGCCCCCAGUGGAGAAGCGUUCUGGUCAAAACCAAAGGAACCCCCCCGGCCCCCACCCGCAGGAACCCGAAGACAGAUGCAGCUUCCAGCCGCAGAAUACCUUUUCAGAAACCUGCUUUUGUUUUUGUAGCCAGUGUUAUAACAAAUCUUUACCACGCAGCCAGGCCAGGUUCCCAGUCGGAGCCCAUGCAGGGAUUGGGGAGGGGAAGGCCCAGGUCCUCGCACACGCUGUAGGCAGAAGCCGGAGCAAACAGAAGAGGGUCAUCCCUGAGCUGUGCCGUGUUCUCGCCCGAGCGUGCCACGUCGGAUGGUGACAGCCACCUGGUAACACUCUUUCCCUCCUAAGUGCCCCGAAGCAACGCAGCAGAUGCAGAGGAUUCUCGCUUCAGGUUGUUGAGUUGCGGUUUGAUGGAGCUGCCCUGGUCCCCCGCGUUGCUGUGAACAGAGCUGCUUUGAACAGGCGAGGAGGGGGCCCUUGGUUGUGGUUGGAGCCCGGGGGUCGCAGCCCAGGAUUCUGAGCACCCAGCUGCUACCGUGUUCGGCUUUUCCUCAUUUGUCUGGGCAGCCUGGACCCCCCAGGUAGCUGGCUUUCUCUGCAGGGAGAGGUUUGAGGCGGGCGGCCUCCUGCACCGAGUCGGGCAGGCAGGUGGGAGCUUAGGUAGCUUGUGUAACUGCUUCUGCAACCUUUUCUUGCCCUCCAUUGGCCCAUCUUCCUUCCCUGACUUUCUAAACUGGGACUUUGGACCGGCCCUCCAAUGGCUUAGGGUGAGGGCGGCUGUUUCUUUGAACGUUGCCACACAUGUCGUGUUGUAGUACCCAUGGUGUCGUCAUUCUGUGACUCGCGGAAAUGCCUUGACCAAAAGUGCGAUAUUCGUUUGUGUCCCUUGGUUUCUGACCAUGGCAGACCUGCCUCACGCCGUCCCCCAUGGUGGCUGUGCACUUGCUGGGAGCCCUGAGGCCUCCCUCACCCCAGCCCUCCCGUCAGUUCUUCCCGUGGGGGGCCCCGGGGGCGAGGAUCCAGCGCCCUUUGACCCGGAGUAGCAGAGCCCUCCUUUGGGCUCUGACCUCAGAGCUUGGAACUGGACUUGCUCUCUGCACGCUUGCGUCUUAGGGAGCAGUCAGGGAGCGCAAAGGGCCAGAGACCCCUCACUUUUCCCCAGGUGACUUUCGCAGUGUGGCAGGUGGUCCGCAGAAGCGGGAGGUGCCCAUGAGGAAAGCUCCAUCCACAGAAGCCCCCUUCGGCCCGUGGCUCCGGGGCCCCUUCAGAGCUGAGGUUCUCUCUGCUCCACAGCUUGACUGCUUACUGCGUGGCUCUGGGGUGGUGGCUUUUUGAAAGUGACUGUCGACUGUGCCAAAUGUCUUUUGAGCCUAUACCAUCCUCCUGCCCAGAUGGCAUAACUUCUCCGGGAUUCUCACGUUGCCCUCACCUCCCGUGAAGAGUAGGGUAGAAGAGUGUGCCCAGGGUGUGUGCUGACGACACGCCGUGUCUACACACCAGCCUGAACGUGCUUGUGGGCACCUCAGCAGUCCGGCCCUUGCCCAGGAUGUUUACAGCUAUAAGAUGUUAGAGGAACUUGACCUGCGUCCCAUCAGAAAGAUUGCAGGCCUCCAUCCUGUCAUCUUUCAAGAAGAAAAAAGAUUUGAGUGUGUCAAGGAAAAGCUGCUCUGACCGAGGAGGACAGAGGAUGAGAAGCCAGAUGUCCUUUGGCCACUUUGAAUAAGUAACACCCGCCUGCGAAGAAGGGAAGCCAUGUCACCUGGGGCCUCGGGCCCCAUCAGGUUUGCUUUCCUGGGACUUGUUGAUAAUCAGCCUCUGGUCCCAAGCCAGCGAGGAGCGCAGAGGGCUGCGGGGCAGCUGUGAUCCAGGCUACAUGAUGCGUAGUUACUUUCCUCGAGCUUCUCAGGCCCACGGUGGAUCCUGGGCAAAGACUGCUGAGCCCCUUGCUAAUAAGCGUGCUGAGAAACUAGAUGCUGGCUUUGACCAAGCUCCCUCCUCCCGGCCUCCUUCAGCGCCCCAGGGAAUUGGAAGGUGAUUCUUUUCUUAAGGUUUCUGGAAAAGUAUCUUAUCCACGCCCUUGAUGAGCCAAGUUGGUGUCUCUUCUUGAAAGCCUUCUCCCUCCAGGAGAGGCCGGCCGAUACCUCCACGGAGAGGUCUGACCGGCAGCUUGGGGGUGUCAUGUGACCAGGGACCCACACUCUCCGGUCGCCCAGUCCUGCCACAAGGGGAGUGUCACUGCUCCUCCUCCUCUGCCCAGGUCGGAGGCCAGGCCCAGGGAGCAGCCUGGCACCUCCUGAGUGAUGACACAGUAGCACGCUUCCGUCUUUUCCUCAGAACCUGCUCUUCUUUGCUGGCAGUGAGGCAGGGUCCAGCCUCCUCUAGGGCGACUUUGUUUCUGCAGUUUCAGCUGAUCUCAGGGGCGUCGGGGAGUGUAGAGGAGGAAGGGGCAGCGCUGCUGAGCAGUAGCCUCACCCACACCCUCCAGCAUGGCCUUUGAUCCCGACCUUUGGGACCAUGCCUGUCACUUGUGGGUGCCCUUUGUUACCAUGUGUGUGUUUGAAUAAAGUCUAAAAUGCUGUGACCCUUUUUCUUUCCUCCUGUCAAUAAAGACAUAAAACAAACUUCUGCA